CUCAUCACACUGCGGAUACUAACAAACAGUGGCAGUUGCUCAGUUUGGUUGUUACUGACAUAAAAGCUGGAGAUUAGUUGGAACCUUGUCAGAGAUUGUCCCUGCCUGGGUUGCGCUAGUGGCUACAUGAAGAUUGAGCUGAGCUUCUACAGUUUGGGGGCAGUACUGGGGCCAAACUCAUUUGUUGAGCAGCCAGAUGAGAUGAGAAAUGAGUUUAUCAGGUACUGGUGAGACUGUCUGCACCCUCAGGUGGAUCCUUGUCCUGGUCGUCUUUGUGCAGCAGAUCAGCUCAGGAAAUGUUGAAGGUCCAUGUCAAGGAAGAGACUGUUCUGUGUGUCAGUGUCUUCCAGCCAAAGGUGCACGGGGACCUCCAGGUAAACCAGGUGACCAAGGCCAGGUGGGUCCAAUGGGUCUACGUGGAGAUGGAGGACUAACUGGAGACAAAGGCAGGAGAGGAGCAGAAGGAUCACCAGGCCCAGAGGGACCCAAAGGAGACCGUGGCAAGAUUGGUGCUCCUGGUUUUCUUGGUAUUACAGGCUUACCUGGACACCCUGGAGCGGGCGGUGAGCCUGGUUUGCCAGGAGUGGAUGGCUGCAAUGGCACGAGAGGUCAAACAGGAGAUCCUGGCAGUUUUGGUCUGGAUGGUAUUCAUGGGCCUCCAGGAUUUCCUGGACCUAAAGGAGUUAAGGGAACCCUAUUGUUCAAUGCUACCCUUCCAGGGAUUCCUGGGGAGCGUGGGCUAGAGGGGGAGCGUGGCCUACCUGGAAGAAAAGGAAACGUUGGGCCUAAAGGCUUCACUGGCCCUCCUGGCCCAGUUGGACCUCAGGGCUUAGAUGGACCAAAAGGUGACAGAGGAACGCCAGGCGACCCAGGAGGAUCACUGGCAGGAGAUAAGGGUGAAAAUGGUGAUCAAGGUCCACCUGGAGAACAAGGACCAGAGGAAAGCAGAGAACAUCCUCCAGAUGUUCUUCCACCCAAAGGUUACAAGGGAAACAGAGGUCUUCCUGGACUAUGUGGACCAAAAGGCGUGGCCUUUUCUACAGGAAUUGAACUAAGGUACUUUAAAGGAGAGAAGGGAAUUCCUGGAUUUCCAGGACAGCGGGGUCUUCCAGGAAUUCCUGGUGGAACUGGACCAACGGGGCUUGAGGGGUUUCCUGGAGAAAGAGGAUUUCCAGGACUCAAUGGAAGACCUGGUUCGAAGGGUUACCCAGGAGAUCCAGGUCUCCCUGGUCCAACAUACACUGUUGAUGGAAGGGACUACAGAGGUGCUAAGGGUGACUAUGGCCACCUGGGAUUGUCUGGACCCCCAGGAGACCGUGGAUUCAUGGGCCUAGUUGGACCUCCUGGCCCACCAGGCUUAACAGUACCAGUGGAGUCAAGUCUUCCUGGUCCAAGAGGCCCCCCCGGGCCAAAGGGCUACAAGGGAGAACGAGGGGAAAUUAAUUAUUUUGAAAUAAACCCAUUGCCUGGAUCAAAGGGUCAUAAAGGGCCCCCUGGACGAAAAGGCAUCAGAGGCCUCCCUGGGCAUCCAGGAUGUGGAGAUUACUAUUGUGAGCCUGGUAACCCUGGUGAUCCUGGUAACCCAGGACCCAAUGGAGCUCCCGGGAACAAAGGGCUAAAAGGAAUUAAAGGUGGUCCAGGGGAAUGUGACUGUAUAUCUAGUAGUGGAAGCAUUGGCCCCCAAGGUCUGCCUGGAUAUCAAGGACCUCCAGGGUUGCCUGGAAGCCAAGGAAUUAAAGGGGACCUGGGAGUCAAAGGAGAUGAGGGACCAAGAGGACCUCAAGGUUUAAAAGGAAUUGAGGGUUUAAAAGGACAGAAGGGUCAGAAAGGUGACCCUGUUGUGGCAGAUGUUAAAGGUGCCAAAGGUGAUCAAGGAUUACCUGGAGAAACUGGUCUUCCAGGAGCAACUGGUAUUCCAGGACACGAUGGACUCCCUGGUCCUUUAGGAGAUCCUGGACCACCUGGUGCAGGGUAUGCAGGAUUACCUGGUCCCAAAGGCAACUCUGGGUUAACUGGGCCCAAAGGUAUUGCUGGGCCUGUAGGCCAACCAGGCUUCCAGAUUCCAGGUCCUCCAGGGCCACCUGGACCUACAGGAAAUCCAGGACAUCCCGGCCUUCCAGGUGUUCCUGGACGACCAGGCCCUCCAGGUGAAAUUGAGACAUGCUGUUCUGAUGAUGAAAUCGGGCCACCUGGUCCUAGUGGUGAGCCAGGUAUACCAGGAUUUCCAGGUGAACCAGGAAGAAGUGGUCCCUUUGGAGCUCCAGGUCAACAAGGCCCCAAAGGCGAGAAAGGUGAUGAUGGUGAAAUUGGAGGGAUUGGGCCACCAGGACCUCCAGGUUUAAAUGGUGAUCCAGGUGAACCCGGGCCCAGUGGGAUUAGCUUGGAUGGCCAUCCAGGCCUUCCUGGGUUACCAGGACUCCCAGGCAGAAAGGGUGCUCAGGGAAUUGUCCUCUCCGCUAUUCCUGGCCCUAUUGGCCCAUCUGGUCUCCCUGGGGUUGAUGGACCAAUUGGACCUCGUGGUUUUCCUGGAAACCCGGGAUCCCCAGGCAUACAAGGCCAACCUGGACAAAUAGGGCGUAAGGGGGAUCCAGGAGCUGAUGGCGACCCCGGAGAUACUGGUUACCCAGGUCCACCUUGUACUGUGUGUGAUCUGACUGGACCUAUUGGUCCUGCAGGAUCUCCAGGAAAUGAUGGACUUAGAGGAUUGCCAGGUUAUCCUGGUCAGAAGGGUUUGAGGGGAGAUAUAGGUCCACCUGGUCAAGGAAGGAAGGGACCUCAAGGUUUUCCUGGUCCUCCUGGUGUGCCAGGCCCAGCUGGGCCAAGAGGCAACUCUGGCCCUCCUGGAGAUCACGGGGCUAGUGGCUGGCCAGGUCAUAAAGGCCAGAAGGGGGAACAUGGUAGAAGUGGCGCAAGAGGUUUGCCAGGUUUCCCUGGGCCUCCAGGACUCAGAGGCAUAACUGGAGAAAGAGGCUUUCCUGGUCACCCAGGUGAACCUGGGCUCCGUGGUAUUAAAGGUCUAAAGGGUCUCCAAGGACCACCAGGAGAAUUAGGACCACCACUUACCUUGACUGUGACAAAAGGCCCUGUUGGAUUUACAGGAAGAAGGGGUCCACAAGGGCAGAGGGGCCUUUCAGGCCGUAAGGGUGCAAGAGGAAUUCCGGGUGAUCCCGGACCUGAAGGAUGGCCAGGUCCACCAGGGUUUAAGGGCACCAUCGGUCCCCCGGGAAGGUCAGGAAUACUGGGAUGCCCUGGGUACCCUGGAAUCAAAGGGGUUCCUGGCCCAAGAGGAUAUCAUGGGCAUAACGGAGAUCCGGGAGAUCCAGGGCUCUUUGGACAAAUAGGUAUCCCAGGGCUCCCAGGACUUACUGGUGACAAGGGUGAGCCAGGAGAAUCUUAUGGACAACCUGGUUCACCUGGCGCCAAAGGAUUGCCGGGGGAUGAUGGACCUAGUGCACCAAGAGGGAUACCAGGAGAUCCAGGUGAUCCAGGACCCAGUGGAAUAACAGGGGAGCCUGGAAAACCAGGUAUUCCUGGGGAACCAGGAACACAAGGACAACCAGGAUUUUCUGGACCCCGUGGUCCACCUGGUCCCCCAGGGCUUCCAGGUAUUCCAGGUGAUAGAGGAGGUGUAGGACCAUUGGGUGCACCUGGCCCAUUUGGACCUACAGGGUCCCCAGGACCUCCAGGUCUGGAUGGACUAGAUGGACUCAGAGGUGCAAAAGGCAUGAAGGGAGCAAGUGGCACAGAUGUCCCUGGCCCUCCAGGACCAGAUGGAUUCCCUGGAGCCAAAGGUAUCACUGGACCACCAGGACUUCCAGGAGCUUCCUUUCCUGGACCUAAAGGCCAGCGAGGCCCAGUUGGUGACACAGGUCCUCCAGGCCUCCCAGGUGAACAAGGUUACCCUGCCACCUUGCCUUGCUGCUUGCCUUCUCCAGGAUCAUAUGGAGAUAUAGGAUUUGAAGGACCUAUAGGACAACCAGGUCCUCCUGGGGAACGAGGCCCUCCAGGCAGCAGUAUUUUCUCUAAAGGAGAACCAGGACCAGUUGGCCUUCCGGGAUUACCAGGCCGUAAGGGAGAAAGAGGCUUCCCCGGAAUCCCUGGAUCUCAAAACAAUCCAGGCGUUGUAGGACCAAAAGGUGAGAGAGGUUCUGUUGGUCUAAAGGGUCCUGUAGGACCCAAAGGUCAGCAAGGUCUUCCUGGGCCUUGGGGCUUUAGGGGAGAACGUGGCCCAGUUGGAGACACGGGUCCUAAAGGUGCUAAGGGUGAUACCAUUCAUGGGACACCAGAAAGAGCCCCAUAUGGUCCUCCUGGACCACCUGGUAACCCAGGAUCAUUGGGAUUCCCUGGCGAUGUGGGUCCUCCUGGCAUUCCAGGACAAAAAGGCAUUAAGGGUUCCAAAGGCAUCCCUGGCAUUCCUGGCAAAACUGGUCGUCCUGGUCCUAACGGUGAUAUUGGAGACCCAGGAGAAAUUGGACAGCCAGGAUAUCCUGGAUCCCAAGGUGUCCCAGGCCCACCAGGUGAUCAAGGCAAUCCAGGCUAUACUUUGUCCCAGAGGUCAGGUUACCUUUUGGUAAUCCACAGCCAGUCAGUUGAGGUACCGCACUGUCCUGAAGGCAGCAGCCAGCUUUGGGUAGGCUACAGUCUGGUGUACCUGGAGGGCCAAGAAAAGGCUCACACACAAGACCUGGGCCAGGCUGGCUCCUGUCUUCGAGUAUUCUCCACUAUGCCUUUUUCGUACUGCAACCAAGCAGCCUGUCACUACUCUAGUCGUAAUGACAAGUCAUAUUGGCUCUCCACCACUGCUUCCAUACCAAUGAUGCCAGUUUUCAACCAGGAGGUUGUCUCUCACAUCAGCCGCUGUGUUGUUUGUGAGACAGUCUCACCUGCAGUGGCUUUCCACAGCCAGGAUCACACAGUCCCCGUGUGUCCACCUGCCUGGACAAGUCUGUGGACAGGGUAUUCAUUACUCCUGCACACAGGAGCAGGCGAUGAAGGCGGCGGCCAGUCGCUGACAUCUUCUGGCAGCUGCCUUAAACAUUUCAGGACCCACCCUUUUAUAGAGUGUCAGGGUGCACGAGGCUCCUGUCACUACUUUGCCAACCUCUACAGUUUUUGGCUGACUACUGUGAGUCAGACUGAGCAGUUUACACCCCCCAAGUCCGGCACCAUCAAAGCAGCUGACCAUCAGCGUCGCAAGGCCAGUCAGUGUCACGUCUGCCUCCGGAAACUGUAAAACAAUGAGAAAAAAUGUGGCUAUGCACUGUUACCCUUCCUAAUUUAAUCUGCAUCGCUGUUGGUAUAUUUCUUUCAGUCAUUCAUUUUUAAUGAGGUGCUAACUGUUAUUAUAAAUGUGUUUUAAAUAUUCAUCUUGCUGCUGUGCCUUAAGAUAAUUUUCACCCACUAACUCAAUCUUUUCUUUUUUAUUCAUGUUGCUUUGUUAUUAAAAUGUUUUAGAUGUUUCAGCGGUCUAAGUCAUUUAGAGUUCAGUACAAGAGUUGAAAACACAACACCUUACAGCAAAACGUUCGACAAAAGAGAUUAUGAAUAAUUUUAAAUUCCUCCAUAGCAGGUUUCAAGUUCAUAUUUAUUUAUUUCUCUCAACAGAACCCAAGUGACAAUCAGAAUACAGUACUUUUUUUGCCUCAAACAUCUUUUUUCCUUUUCUUUUUAUUACGCACAACAAGAGAACACUCAGUGCAAUAAGACAGAGGACUCUGACAGUGUGGUGCUCUCUCUAACUUUUCACAGUGCACAUGUAUACACACAAAAAGAUUGUACAUCAUCAUUAUUACAUUUCCAAACUCUGC